UUUCGGAGCGGUUAGCUUUGAUCUUUGUUUGUUUGUUUACCGUAAACAGGACUGAUGUUUACGGUAAACAAACAGAACCGGAGUUUUCUGAGUGUUAGCGGAAGCUAGCAGGCUAAUCACGUGUCAGAGAAACGCUAGCUAUGACUGAAGGUUUAAUCAGUAAUCGAUACCCGUGUAAUCGGAUUACUUUAUGAACCAGAAGAUCAAAGGACGCUCGAAUUCAGAGACUUCUUGGUUCUGAUUUAGCUUCAUGAAAAGCACGUGCGGUUUGUGUUUUCCCUCGUGCUGAAUGUUGUUUACUGUUUAUGAAAACUAGAAUGUUUACAAACAUCUGAUCCUCGUGAAGAAUCCAGGUGAGAACCUGAACUUCCAUCAGGUGGCGCUCCGUGUCUGAAUGGGGGACAGCGAUGACGAGUUCGACAGGAGGAGGCGGGACAAGUUCAGGCGAGAGAGGAGCGACAUGGAGAGGUCAAGGGAGCGCGAGGAGAGGAGGCGGGACGACUGGCCCGACAGGGAGUGGGACCGCAGCAGAGAGCGGAGGCGGGACUACGACCGCGGCCGCAGAGAGAGGUUCUCGCCCCCCCGGCACAUGAGCCCCCAGCACAAACGCAUGAGGAGAGACUGGGACGACCAGCGGGGGGAGCCGUACCGCUAUGACCUCCCAUACGGUGGGGGAGGGCCAUUCCCGGGGGCGGGGCCACAGAGCUGGACUCCUGACUUCCCUCACCUCCUCCCCCCUCAUGGGGGGCACCCCCUGCAGGGCAGACUAGGAAUGGUGGAUCUGGACCUGCCCCCUCCUGGCCCCCCCACCAUGCGGAGCUUCAAGGAGUUCCUGCUCAGCAUGGACGACAGCGUGGACGAGACGGAGGCGGUCAAGCGCUACAACCAGUACAAGCUGGACUUCCGGCGCCAGCAGCUGCAGGACUUCUUCCUGCUGCACAAGGACCAGGAAUGGUUCCGCUCCAAGUACCACCCUGAUGACAUCACCACCAGGAGGGCGGAGUCUCUGAGCGCACUCAAGACGCGCCUCGGCGUCUUCCUCUUCCUGCUGGAGAACAGCUGGCUGGACCAGGUGUCUCUGGACAUGGAGCACGCCGCCGCCAUCGUCAAGCUGCUGGACGCAGCUGUCAUCAAGAUGGAAGGAGGGACGGACUUCGACCUGCAGGUCCUAGAGGCUCCGCCCACUGCUGCAGAGCCCAGCGGGGGUGGAGCUAAAGACAGUCAGGCGGAGGCCGAGGCGGGACAGGCGAGCGUUCAGAGCGGAUCGGCACCGGCGCCGGGUGAGGCAGAAGAGACAGACGGCGGCGAGGCGAGCGCGACUCAAGGCCCGGAAAAGGAGGAGGAUAAACGAAACGGACAGAAGGAGGAUGAGGAGGAGGAGAAGGAGGAAGAGGAGGAAGAAGACGCCAAGAAAGGAAGGAAGAGGAAGCGAAGCAUGUCAGCCGACAGCGGCGAGGGCAGCGCCUCUGACUCUGACUCCUCCCACUCUGACGGUGAGAAGGAGGAGGAGGAGAAGGAGGAGGACAGAGAGCGCAGGAAGGAGCGAGCAAAGGAGACGGAGGCUCCGCCCAAGCCACGCCCCCUCCACCUCACCACCUCCCUGUUCAUCAGGAGCAUCCCGCCGGAGGUGUCCAAGGAGGAGAUCACGGCGCUCUGCCGCAGGUACCCCGGCUUCCUGCGGGUGGCGCUGUCCGACCCUCAGCCGGAGCGCAGGUUCUUCAGGAGGUGCUGGGUGACCUUCGACCGCGGCGUGAACAUCAAGGAGACCUGCUGGAACCUGCAGAACAUUCGGCUUAGAGACUGCGAGCUGUCCCCGGUGGUGAACAGAGACCUGUGCCGGCGCGUCCGCAGCGUCAACGGCCUGACGCACCACAAACCCGUGGUCCGGAACGACAUCCGGCUGGCCGCGCGCCUCAUCCACAGCCUGGACCAGAAGGGGGAGCUGUGGAGCCAGCAGGCGGAGACCAACCCGGUCCUGAAGAACAUCACGGAUUACCUCAUCGAGGAGGUGAGCGCCGAGGAGGAGGAGCUAGUCGGAGCCUCGGGGGACGCCGGCGAGGAGGCGGCCAAGAGCUCGACGGAGGUUCCUGUGGAGACGGACGACAAGCUCAUGAAGGUGCUGGACCGGCUGCUGCUGUACCUGCGCCUGGUUCACUCCGUGGACUUCUACAACUUCUGCGAGUAUCCGGCUGAGGACGAGAUGCCGCACCGCUGCGGGCUCAUCCACGUACGCGGGCCCCUCCCUGUGGCCAAGAUCACGCCCACUGAAGUGAGCGAGCAUCAGAGGAUGUGUGAGGAGCGCCUGGCUCCUCUGCUGUCGCCCUGCGAGGCGCUGAGCGAGGAGGAGGCCACCCGGCUGGGAAAGAAGGACCCGGAACAGGAGGUGGAGAAGUUCCUGUCCGCCAACACUCAGGAGCUCAGCAAGGACAAGUGGCUGUGUCCUCUGAGCGGGAAGAAGUUCAAGGCUCCAGAGUUUGUGCGCAAACACAUCCUGAACAAGCACGGCGAGAAGGUGGCCGCCGUCAGACAGGAGGUGGAGUUCUUCAACAACUUUCUGAUGGACGCCAAGAGGCCCGCCCUGCCUGAGAACAAGCCCCUCCCACCGCCAGCACCAGCUGCCCCCCCUGGCAUGCCCGGCUUCCCAGGUCAGUCCCCGCAGCAGCAAAGCCUUCUGGGAUACCCUCCAGGCAUACGGCCCCCCCUGCCAGGCUUCCCAGGCGUGGGACCCCUCCUCCCUCCAGCUCAGUUUGGGGCGGGGCGCGGUAACUAUGAAAACUUCAGAGGUCACCCGGGGGGCGUCGGCUUCUCCGGGAAGCAGAGGAACAGCAGGGGCAUGAGAGGAGACCCCCGCUCCAUCAUCGAGUACAGAGACCUGGACGCUCCGGACGACCUGGACUUCUUCUGAGCAACUUUGAUUUUUUUACUUUUUUAUCCUUUGUGUUUCCAUCGCUGCGUUUGUGUCGUCUGUGUGCGUCAGAAACUUAGUGUUGAGUUCUGAUCCAUAACAUGAUCCUCAAUAAAAUCCAUCUCAAUCAAAA